AAUGUGGGGCUCAAACUCACGAACCGCGAGAUCAUGACCUGAGCUGAAGUCGGACGCUUAAUCGACUGAGCCGCCCAGGCACCUCGAGAAAGAAAGUUUUAAAGUCGUUGCAUUAAAUAUGGACUGGAUAUUAUGAGUACUUUCAGAGAUUUUUUUUUUUUUUUAAGAGAAAUUUUGACUGGGCUGUUCACUGACUUAAGGUCUCGGCUGAGUUCCUAGGCCUCUCUGUGCCUCAGUUUCCUCAUCCGGAAGACGGGGAGGAUCCUCGUACCUGCUUCGCGGGGCUGUGGCGAGACGAUUAACAGACAGAAGCAGGUAGAGACUCGUGGCUGUUUGGGGUGUUAUUUACUUAUCACCAUGGCAACUGACUUUGCAUAAGAGGCACUCCACUGCCAAAGGGAGAAAUUGAUCUGUCCCUGAUUUCAGGAAAAGUUCACGAAACAGAACAUUCUUGGAUAAGAUAGCCCCAAAACAUUAAAAACCAUGUCCUCCUGUGAAUAAUUGCACGGUACCAACAGACUACGCUAUGGAGAGACAGCAUCACCACGGAGCGAGAUCAGUCCAGGAAGGCUUCCCGAAGGAGGGAGUUCUCGGCCCGUCUCAAAGAGAUUCAGAGCGGGAUCGGAGGAGAGCUAGGCCAAGGGCGCCCAGAGAGGAAAGAAGGAUGGCGGAAAACCCAGCAAGUUGUAGUUGGCAGAUCUCGCAUUAACAAUGGGAUCAGGGCAUGGGCCCAUCUCCUGGCAAGGGGCCAUCAGCACUUGUCAACGCCCUCCGGUGUCCCCGGGCAAGAGACAAAUCAGAAAUCACAGGUGCACGCAGUUGAGGACAUAUUAUGAUCAUGUCGGGGCCGGGCAUCUGCCUGAGCGUUACAAAUGUUUAUGAAUAUUAAUAACCGUUUGUUCCCAAAGGACCACAAAUCAGUUAAUUAGGGCCCUGUCAACCUGUUUAUAUUAUCUAUAAAUGAAAACCCAUCAGCAGCCAAACAUGAAAUUAAGCGGGCCGUGUGUGGGCCGCCACCGUUUCUGGAUAAAUUGCACACAGCCAGCUCCCCCCCGAGUCCCCGCCCUUGGCAGGGAGGUGGGUAUUUCUCUUCCCUGCCCGUGUUUUAUUCGAGUCAGUGGUUCCUGGAGGCACAUGAUAGAUGGUGCCUUGCGUGUGGCUUCGCGGCGUGAGGGGCGGGGGUGAUUUAAGACUGCCGGUAAAUUAGCUGCAAUCCAGAGUCUUGGAAAAGAUGGAGAAUCCCCAUAAAUCAAUGCUCCAUAGACAGGUAAUCAGGCCCCCAGCCCGGACGCCGAACACCACAGGCCUGGGUCCAUCCGUCUCCUUCCUGGAGCCAUAGCACUGGGGUCGGGGUCUGGUUCGUGUUCCAUCCGGACAGCUCCACAUCAGGGGUCUUGGGCAUGUUGUGCAGAACAAGCCUCGGAAAGUUAGAGGGCGGAGAGAUGGAGCCAGACAGAGACCAAGACUGGGGCAGAGAGAGGGAGAGAUUCAUUGGACAACCAGCGAGCGCGGGCUCUGUGCUCGGAGCCCAGAGACAGAGACAGCGGUGAGCAAGACAGACCGAAGUGGGGCCACACUGACAGGAGCAGGGAAAGAUCCAGACCGCAGCACGCGGUGAUCUGACAGAGGUGAGAGACCCAGACGCUCGCCUCAUUACCCAGGUGGUUCCUUCCGGAAAACCUCCUUGUGAGGCAACUUCUUGCAAUAUUUUUUCCUUUGGGUCAAGAGAAGGUGGUGUCCUGAUCACAUCGAUGCUGAAACAAGGCCGAAACCCGUGAAGUUGCAUUAAAAUGGGCCCGAUUACUUGGAGAGUUAGCACAGAAGACGAUCGAACCAGUGAAAAUUGAACAGGGAAAAUCCACUGCCCCACUGGUGAAAGUCGUAGAAAACGGGGGCCGUAUGUACGGGUCCCAGAGUGGCCUCCCUGGUUCAUCCCCCAGCUCCGCCACUCACGGGCCGUGUGACCUUGGCCACGGUACCCAAGCCCUUUAUGCCUCAGUUUCCUCAUCUGCAACGUGAGAUGAUCCUAGGUUUGACCACUGGGGAGGGUCAGAGGCGUUCCUAUCUGUGAAAUGCAACGUCCUGCCUCUCUGGGUACUUGACUGCCUGAAGAGAAGCAGGUAAGGAGCCCACAGUCUAUAGAGAUUGGCUCUCGCUCCCUCCCGAGCCGGCUGUGCAAAUGUGGGAGCUUACUUAACCUCUCUGUUCUUCCACUCUCUCUGUUUCCCCUGCUGGCGGGUGGCGAGUGAAUCUAAUGAGCCAUGUUUGGCCACCAGGAUGCGGACCGUGCAUUUACCUCGGAGGAUGGCUUACUCGGUUCUGCCUGUGCUCCUACCAAAGUGCAAGGUGACUACGGGGAUGUGCUCCCUCCAUCAGUGGCCUGUGACUCUGCUGUCGGCCCGCGACCUUCUGUCCUGCGCAGCAGAGCCCGCUGCAGAGUCCCCCAAGAAAUGAGGUAUUAACACUUAUCGUGUGGAGCUGAAUUCUUCAAGGAAUAGUAAUCCUUAAACAGACGGAGGAGAAGUCGUCUUCAAAGCAUUAAAAUCCAGCGGUGUGCUCCCGGCCCAUCCUUCUUCACCAGCCACGCGCCGUCUGGACGGAUUUGGGUCGGAAGAAUCCUGACGAAAUGUCUCCUCGAAAGAUGCCGUCUCCUGUGGGGCACUGGUCUAGCCCAGAGCUUCUGUCAAAGGCCGUCCAAACAAGAAUCGGAGGCCGCUCCUUUCUGUCUCUAAGCCUCCCCCAUUGUCUUGCUGCUUCCAGAAUAACAGAUGCCGUCACUGGUGCCAGAGCGGCCGCACCACUUGGCAUUCCCACAAUGCAACAAUUUCUAAUAGCUUCUAGAGCUCCGGAGACAAUGACCCUUGGUGGUUACGUGUGGUGCCGAGAAAGGACAGAAAAAGGACAGAGACACAUGCCGAGAGAGAUGGAGAGACACGGAGAGAGAGAGAACUGCACAGAGGUCAGAAGACACAGAGGAAGAGACCCAGGGCAGAGAGGAGAGCGCGUUCCAGAGAGAACCAGGGAGAGACGGAGGGGCGGGCUGCCGAUCGCGGGAGCUACAGGGCUGCAGGGUGGCGAGACCGAUCCCCACAGAGGCUGCUGCUUCUUCCUCUGGAGCCGGGCGCCAGUGGCACAGCUGUGGGCACCGGCCCAGCCCCCAGACUCCCGGGAAGCCAGGAGCCGCAGCCCGGUGGCCAGCUCGGGAGUCCCGCGGCCGUCUGUCUGCUCUGUCUCCCAAGCUGUCCGUCUCCCGCGAAGAGCGGCGGCUGCCCUCCUUGCCCUCCUCGUGGGCAGGGGACCCAGCCUGGGCUCCUGCUCGGAGGGGUGUGGGGGAGGUAUGGGAGGUGCUCACCUGCGGAAGGCUCCAGGCCCGAGCACUGCACUCUCAGAACAGACACCCUCCCCGGGAAGUGAGAGGGAACAGAUGUGCUUUUAUGGUCUCCAUGGAGAUCCGUCAACCUGGCAACCUCGAUGGGCGCUGGGCCUGGGCUUCGAAGCUUUUGUCUUCCCAGAGGCUCUCUCGGAGCGCGAACACUGAGAGCAGAUCUCGGCCAGGCGUCCACAGGGGCCGGGGCUUCCCUCCCGGCUGCCAGGUCACCCCAAAGCAGGGGCAGAUGUGGGGGGGGGGCCCUUGGUGAGCUCUGUCUGGUUAAAGAAGGUUCGGCUCUACCUUUUGUCUUUCCACUCGCCGGGAGGAAACGCGCGGCUCCAGCCCCGGUUACCAUAUGAAGGCCCCCCAGUUCUGGCCUGGAAGAAAGUGAUGAAAGAACAAGGCUGGCACGUCACAAAUGUGUCACAAAAAGCACGUCGGAGAGGCCGAGGCAGGUAACCGGGGGAGCGCGUGGCCAUUCAUUCAACCGGUCAGCAAACAGCAGAGCCCCUUGCUGGCUACCAGCCGUGAACGCCCCCAGAUCCAGCUCUUCCUCAUGUUGCUGACACGCGUGGGAGAGAUGGACGCUUGACACCCUGGCAAAUGACUCGAGCCAAGGAAACAAGACGAAAUCUUG